UCAAAAGCACCUACAUUGACACUCUCUCAGGCACACUGAGCUUUGUCUGCUUUCACAGCAAUGCAAAUUCUCCAAGCCCCUUCUCACCGUAUCUUCUUCUUCUCGUUCCCUAAAACCCUAAACCCUACUACCUCCAAACCCUAUUCCCACCACCACCACCACCUCCCACGGCGUCCUCUUCUUUCCCUUACCCCGACAUUCCCGAGAAACUUCAUUGCCAACUCCUUCAGCUCCGACGAAUUCCCCGUCGACGAAACUUUCCUGGAAAAUUUCGGCCCAAAAGACAAAGAAACCGAGGACGAAGCUCGAAUUCGCAACUGGGUCGAACGUGGUUGGGCUCCAUGGGAAGAAAUCCUCUCCCCUGAGGCUGAUUUCGCAAGAAAGAGCUUGAACGAAGGAGAGGAAGUGCCUCUUCAGUCCCCUGAAGCCAUUGAAGCUUUUAAAAUGCUGAGACCCAGUUACAGGAAGAAGAAAAUGGAGGAAAUGGGUCUGAGCGAGGACGACUAUUACAGGAAACAGUUCGAGCUAAAGGGUGAGAUACCGGAGCCGCUAAAGACUGUAUGGGCUGGACCAUUGGUUGUCCGACACUUACCGCCGAGGGAUUGGCCACCGAGAGGGUGGGAGGUUGAUAAAAAGGAGCUUGAGUUUAUAAGAGAAGCGCAUAAAUUGCAGGCGGUGAGAGUGCCAUUGGAGGGGUUGGAAAGUGAGGUGAGAACGGAGACAGAUGAUAUGUGUUUGGAUAGAUAUAAAGUGUUCUUGAAGCAGUAUAAGGAAUGGGUUGCUGCCAACAAGGAUAGAUUGGAAGAGGAAUCUUAUAAGUAUGACCUAGAUUAUCAUCCUGGGAGGAGGAAAAGAGGCAAGGAUUACAAAGAGGGCAUGUAUGAGCUUCCAUUUUAUUAUCCAGGACAGAUUUGUGAAGGAAAGGUGACAGCUGUACACCUUUAUCAGGGAGCUUUUGUUGACAUAGGAGGUGUACAUGAUGGGUGGGUUCCUAUAAAAGAUAAUGAUUGGUUCUGGAUCCGCCAUCACAUAAAAGUUGGAAUGCAUGUCAUUGUUGAGAUUCUAGCAAAGAGAGAUCCUUAUCGCUUUCGGUUUCCUAUAGAAAUGCGUUUUGUUUUUCCUAAUAUAGACCACCUUAUCUUUAACAGAUUUGAAUUUCCACCAAUAUUUCAUCGUGAUGAGGAUACAAAUCCAGAUGAAUUAAGGCGUGAUUGUGGAAGACCUCCUGUCCCUCGGAAGAACCCAGGAGACAAUCCAGUGGAGGAAGCUUUAUUGUCAAAUCACCCUUAUGUUGAAAAGUUGUGGCAGAUACAUGUUGCUGAGCAGAUGAUUUUGGAUGAUUUGGAUGCUAAUCCUGACAAAUAUAAAGGCAAAAAAUUGUCAGAACUAACUGAUGAAGAAGAAUUUGAUGAAGAAAACAGUGUUGAAUAUACCAAAGCUUAUUAUAAGAAAUCUUUGAUCUCAAAAGUGAUCCUGAAAACAAGCGUUAAAGAACUUGAUUUGGAGGCUGCCUUCGCUGAACGUGAGGUUAGCUUUUGCCAUGACAUACUGAUGUAUCUAUAUAAAGACUACAGCUUUAAUAUGGAUAAACCUUUCUUUUAUUUGAUUUUACUAUUCGGCAGUUUUGUGAAGCAGCACCGUAAGAGACUAAUAAUAGAAGCAAAAGAAAGAGGAGAGGAAUACAAAAUUACCAAGAUGAGGCGAAAUGAUGAAAUGGAUGAGUAUGACUUUUUACAUUGGCGUCGAUCAUUUGAGGAAAGAGAAGCUCUGAUCAGAGACAUCAGCUGCCGCCGAGCGCUUGGCCUACCGCUAGAAGAACCACGAAAGUUUGUAGAUGCUAGUUACUUUGGAAAGGAUCAAUAUGACCCGACAAACCCCCUUUACCGGUAUGAUUACUGGGGAGAACCAAAGAACUCUGAGAAAAGCAAGCAAGAACGGAUGAUGGAUGCCCACAACAAAUCUAUUGUGGGCAAGGGCAAAGUAUGGUAUGAAACGUCUUAUGAAGAUUGCAUCGAACAGAAGAUGCAAAGGGAAGCUAAAGGAAUAAUGCCAAGAACAGUUGAUGAUGAAGAGUUAAACACAGUUCAGGAUGAUGAUGAUGACGACGAUGAUGAUAUUGAUUUCAGCAUUCUGGGUGAAUCUAAUGUUGAUUUCUCAAACCAGCCUCAUGUUAAUGGGACUGAAUCUUUAAGAUUAUCAGAUGAUGGAAUGUUCGAGGAUUAAGGCAAUUGGUGUACAACAGUGCUUUCAAAGUGUAUAAACCGCAGAGCUUAUGUAUAGGGAUCAACUACUAAAGUGAGAAUUUGCAUACGGCAAAAUCCAUUUUUGUUCCUAGGGGGUAGCUUUCUUUCUUUUCUGGGGGGUUUUGAACGAGGAUUGUAUCAGUUGUACAUCUAGAUAUACAUUUCCUAUAAUAAAUCAAUAGUAGUAAUAAUACUAAUGAUACAAAGAA